AUGGACAAGGUUAGGAAGAUGGUCUCGGAUAAGCCGGUGGUGAUAUUCAGCAAGAGCUCCUGCUGCAUCAGCCACACUGUUAGGUCACUCUUCUCGGAUUUUGGGGUAAACCCAACGGUGUACGAGCUUGACGAGAUCCCCAAAGGGCGUGAAAUCGAGCAGGCCCUGUCGUCAACUGUGCCAGCAGUGUACAUUGGGGGUGAGCUCGUGGGAGGGGCCAACGAGGUCAUGAGCCUCCACCUCCAAAGGGCUCUCAGGCCUAUGCUCAAACGAGCUGGGGCCCUUUGGCUUUAA